CGUCCCAAGAGGUGGAGCUCUCUCUCCGUCUCUCCCGCUGUUGCCAAGGCACGAUCUUCCAUUGACUUAUCAAGAGAAAACAACGAAGCCACUGGUUUCCUCGCCCGAAGAGAUUUUCCCUCGAUUUCUCGUACUUGCUCUUUCCUCUUAUUUUGCUCGUUAACUUCCCGAUUUACCUCGUCCGAGAAAAAGAAAAAAAAGCUGCCUGAACCGGUGAAUUUUACAAAAGAAAUAUUUAGAUCUGAAUAUUCGAGCAUGUCGAAGUCUCUUCCUUAUUCUAUGAAAGAUGUUCACUACGAUAACGCCAAGUUUCGUCACCGUUCUUUCUUCAAGGUGGUCACUCAAACCUUACUUUCCGGUAAUAGUAGGCGUGAAUGCGUAAGUUGUAGCACAGGGAAGUUUUUAGGGUUACUAAUGAUCUUUGGCUUAGCUUGUCUAAUGUUGACUCAUACAAAUAAAACACAUUCUGUUUCUGAUGGACUAGCAAAAGGUAUUGGGACAAAUGAAGAACAUAAGGAAGUUACUGAUGUUGGUAUCAGGUUUAAAAAACUUUUCCGAAGAGCACCGCGACUUCCUCCUCGAUUAUCGCCAGAUGAAAAAGUUAGCCAUGGUAAUAUUACUGGUAAAUUAAAUGAGCCUGAUGUUGAAGAAAAGUGGAAAGCUAGACAACAAAAUGUAAAGGAUGCUUUCACCCAUGCUUGGUCCGGCUAUAAGAAGUUUGCAAUGGGUUAUGACGAGCUUAAGCCAGUGAGCCAGGAUGGAGUAGAUGAGCUAGGAGGUAUAGGUGCUACAGUUGUAGAUGCUCUUGAUACUGCAAUGAUCAUGGGUCUAGAUGAAGUUGUUUCUGAAGCGGGCUCAUGGAUUGAAUCACACCUUUUAGAAAGGAUUAUUAACAAAGGGCAAGUUAAUUUAUUUGAAACCACAAUACGGGUAUUGGGUGGUCUAUUGAGUGCAUUUCAUUUGAGUGGGGGGGACCAAGGCAUAGCCUUAACACAGAAGGAGCCAAAACCUGCUAUUUAUCUAAACAUUGCAAAAAACUUGGCUGAUCGUCUGUUAUCUGCUUUUACUUCCAGUCCAACUCCCAUUCCUUUCAGUGAUGUUGUGCUACGCGAUCCCUCCGCUCAUCCAGCUCCUGAUGGAUUGAGUAGUACUUCUGAAGUUUCCACUUUACAGCUUGAAUUCAAUUAUCUGAGUGCAAUUUCUGGUGAUCCAAAGUAUGGCACAAAAGGGAUGAAGGUUUUAGAGCACUUGAAAACUCUUCCAAAGGUGGAAGGACUAGUUCCUAUCUACAUCAAUCCUCAUUCUGGUGAAUUUAGUGGACACAAUAUUAGACUUGGAUCUCGGGGUGAUAGCUACUAUGAGUACCUAAUCAAAGUGUGGCUUCAGCUAAGAACUACUCAGGAUGGUAACUUCACAUAUCUUUAUGAUAUGUAUGGGGAAGCAAUGAGGGGUGUUAAACACAUGCUUGUUCAGAAAUCAGUACCAAGUGAAUUGGUUUUUGUGGGGGAAUUACCUGUUGGAUCCAACGGUUACUUGAGUCCGAAAAUGGAUCACCUGGUGUGUUUUUUGCCUGGUACUCUUGCACUUGGUGCCACUAAAGGCCUCACAAAGGAGAAAGCUAUGAAAGACAACCUUCUUACAUUUGAAGACCUGGAAAACUUGAAACUUGCAGAAGAUUUAGCCAAGACAUGUUUUGAGAUGUAUUCAGUAACUUCCACUGGUCUGGCUCCUGAAAUUGUGUACUUCCAUACUAAGGAUUAUUUUGAAGAUGGUCUUGAUGGUGGGAAUAAGAGUUCAAAAUAUGUAAAAGACAUAAUAAUCAAACAUGCUGAUCGUCACAAUUUGUUGCGUCCUGAAACUGUUGAGUCCUUGUUUGUGUUGUAUCGAAUCACUCAGGAUCAAAAAUAUCGAGAAUGGGGUUGGCAGAUCUUCGAGGCAUUUGAGAAAUACACAAAGGUAGAAUCUGGAGGAUACACUUCUUUAGAUGAUGUCACCACAAUUCCUCCUCCUCCAAGAGACAAGAUGGAGACGUUUUUCCUUGGUGAAACUUUGAAGUAUUUGUACUUGCUUUUCGGGGAUAGCUCUGUUAUACCACUUGAUAAAUUUGUUUUUAACACAGAGGCUCAUCCUUUACCGAUCCCUUUAAAGAAAGGCACUAACAUGAAGGCAAACAUGUAAAAGCUUGACAUCUCUCCGCCGGGCACAGUUUACACGGUGCUUUGACAUGGUUUGCAAGUUCAUAAUUUUAUGAAGGCUGUCUUGCUCGAGAUCCCAGUUUAUCUAAGCGUAAGCGGUGGCUUUACUUUACAUGUGUUCAAUGCAUCAAUGAACUGAUGUGCUAUAUGACGCUCACAUAGGUUUGUAAUACUUGUUCUGAUAGAUAUUUUUUGAGGUUAUAUGAAGAUGGGGUUUUGCCCAACCAAAAUACGAGUGAAAUAUGACCAUUAUGUAAUUGACUUCUUUGAUUUAAGAUUUAUAAUUGCAAUUGUGGCCCCAAUUCAA